AUGUUUUCCAACGAGACUAUGGCCAAUGGCGGCAGCAAUAGCACCACUGCCUACUCUUUCCCACCCGGCAUCCACGUCCCUUCAUUGACCUGGUUCAAAAAUGAGGGUGACCAGGAGAUCGAUUGGGACGUACAAGAGAAGCACUUUGAAUUCCUCAUCUCCAACGGACUACAUGGACUCGUCAUUGCGGGAACGAACGGCGAGGCAGCAACUCUCUCCACUGAAGAGAAAGCACUUCUUGUACAGAAAGCAAAGAAGACUGCUCAACGGCUUGGUCGUGGAGACCUUCCCAUCACACUCGGCGGCGUAGCAGGAAGCACACGCGAAGCCAUCCAACAAACAGUCGCAGCAAAAGACGCAGGUGCUACCGCCUUUCUCGCUCUGGUUCCGUCCUAUUUUCACUUCGCUAUGACACAAGACGCCAUUGUGGCUUUCUUCCAGGAACUUGCGGAUGCAUCACCAAUCCCCAUUGUCCUCUACAACUUUCCCAAUGUAGUGGCUGGUCUGAGCAUCAAUUCGGAAAUGAUAGAUAUCCUUGGCGAACACAAGAACAUCGCAGCUAUCAAGCUGACGUGUGGAAGCAUCGCAUCUUGUGCGAGGGCAUCAGCAAAAUUCAAGAAAAACGAAUUUGUCACGCUGGCGGGACAAAGUGAUUGGCUUAUCCCAGCUUUGAGUGUUGGUGCUGUGGGCACUAUUACAGGUGUUGCCAAUCUUUACCCUAAGACAUGCGUACAAAUGUACAACCUCUGGCAACAAGGCAGACACGAUGAAGCCUCGGCACUUCAGAUCAAGCUCUCCGUCACCGAAUGGGGCUUUGGCAAAGGCGGCAUCAACGGAACAAAAUACGUUGUCGCAUAUAAGAGGAAAUACCCAGAGUCGAGCUCAGAUUGUAGGCGGCCAUACCCCAAAUACUUCAACGUGGAGAAGAGAAAGUGGAUUAUAAAUCAAGUAUCUGGUCUGGAUGAGAUUGAGGCAUCGUUGUAA